AUGGGGCAGGCGUGCAUUCAGUCAUCUCUAACGAUGCCUGGUGAAGCCGAAUGCAUAGUGCAUCUCUCAUGGUUUGAUCAACACCAAGAGCUUUAUCCGUUUUUAUUCAUAAUGCACAAUGGAGUAGAAGGCACAGUGUUUUUUGGCGUUCAGCGUCCAGAUUGCCCACGAGUGAUUGUUGGCGGAGUUUGUGAGUUCAAUUGUGACAAGGACAGCGAUUGUCCGGCAGCACAAAUCUGCUGCUCGAAUGGUUGUGGACGUGAAUGUGUGUUUCCACUAACGAUGAACUACUCUCUGAAUGUGAAUAAUGCCAUACAACCAGUAAACGACUGCAUUCACCUUUUCGUGGCCGUGAAGAAAUUACCCAAUAAGGCUCUGAAGAACAAUUAUGUCCCGAAAUGUGACGAGCAUGGAAAGUUUGAUCGGAUCCAAUGUGAUCAACAUCAAUGCUGGUGUGUAGAAGUGAACGACGGCACGGAAAUCGCUGGCUCAGCAGUGCCGAUAUCCAUGAGACGAGCCGACAUGUGUAGAGAAGUUCGUCUUUGUGGGGUUAAGUGUUCAAAACAGUGCACAUAUGGAUUAAAAAUGUCCGUGUUUGGUUGUCCGGACCCUACAUGUGAAUGUCGAGAUAUCUGUGAAGGUGUACGCUGUAACAACGAUGCCGACGUUUGUCAGCUCAUCGAAGCCGACUGCGCUCGUCCUCCUUGCCUUCCAGUUCCGAAAUGUCUUCUGAAUCCAUGUCCGACCAGCCAUAUCGUGUCACUUCCAAACGGCGUUACAGCACUCCGUUCUACAUCCGUGCAAUGUGGAAACGGUCAUUGGUGUCAUGAGAUAGAGGGUACAUUGACUCGUAUUCAGAUCGGCUACAACGGCUACGGUUUCUGCUGUAGCGGUGCGGAGGCGCAGAAACGAGGCGCAUGUCCGUCCUGCGAUGAUGGCGUUUGUUUCUGUGUGGAUGUUACCAAUGGUGAGGAGAUUCCAGGCACCCGAACCGCCAAUGACACUCCAAACUGCAAAGGGCCAAUAAGAGGCAGGUGUCCUGACAUCGUUUGUCGAACGUCUUGUCCUUAUGGAGUGGAACGCAACGAAAACGGUUGUUCGUCGUGUCGAUGCAGAAAUCCAUGUGCUCCUGUGAGGUGUCCUCAAGGCAGCCUUUGCAUCAUGACGGCAGUAAAUUGCUUCGAAAUGGACAACUGUCCACCCCAACCAAGAUGCAUUUUAAAUCUUUGCCCUCAUGGAGAACCAUUUGUUUCUCAAUUGGGAGUAGUGGAGACAUGUAACUCAAACGAACAAUGCCCGCCUGGACACUGGUGUCAUCAGAUCGGAUUCUCCUCAUCGGGGCUCUGCUGUCCAUCUCCUCUUCGACUGAUGCACAUUGGCACAUGCCCUUUGUCGCUUCCACAACUUGACCAAGUCAGUGAUUGUCGCUUCGACUGCCGAGCCGAUGACGACUGCAAUAUCGGUGAAAAGUGCUGCUAUGAUGGUUGUGGUCUUCGGUGCAAAGAAGUCAGAGCGUCUAGCGGUGGCCUCAGUGGAAUUGGUAAGCCAAAUGUGACAAAACCGGGUAUGUGUCCAUUCUUCGACGAAAGAACCUGCAGCAAGAAACCCUAUAAAAAUCAGUGUAGCUGGGACAGCGAAUGUGAUGGGGUUCAGAAAUGUUGUUCUGAUGGUUGUGGACUGAAAUGUUUGCACCCGGAGGAAAAUAGUGUUUGUCUUCAUAUGAAAGAGGCACUGCAAAUGAUUGGUCAGGCUGCCAGGAUUCAGUGUAGAGCAGAUGGCUCUUUCGAGGAAAUUCAGUGUGAUGCUGAUUACUGUUGGUGCGUGAAUGAGACCGGCCUAGAAGUGGAGGGAACACGGUCGUCCGGGGAUACUCUGCCGAACUGCCGAGGUAUUCAUGCUCAUCUGGCGGCUCUGGCAAUUCGUGAUUCCGACAGCAGUGUUUUCGUGCCAGAAUGCGAUUCGUACGGUGAAUAUGUUCAGAUUCAAAGCCAUUCUGGUCUAAGGUGGUGUGUCGAUAAAAUUGGACGCGAAAUUCUUGGUCAAAUAGCGGUCUUACAAAAGCUCGGCAUGUGUCCGUCUAUGGUACUGAAUCCGGGAUGCCAAGAAGAAUGCUUGUCGGACGCCGAAUGCUUGGCGUUUGCUAAAUGUUGCAAAGCCACUUGUGGCAAUGCUGGUGCGUGGACAGUUCUGGAAUUGAAGUACCCGGAACAAGGACGAAUAGCGAUCGAGGGAUGCCUCACUGCAAACGAUUUCUUUUGCCGAUCACAGAAAAUCUGUGUGCUGGUCUCAGUUCAGUGUGAUCGCGAUCCAUGUCCGACGAUACCGAAAUGUAAACCAUUUUGCUCUGUUGUUCUGUCCUUUCAAAUAGAAUUUCUUACUUGUCUAGUAAUUGUGGGUUUCAAUGAGAUUGCUAAAUAUGACUGCACACUCUAUCAAGCUGGAGUCGAAGAACUUCGCCGACAAGGAGUUGACAACGUCUUUCAACCGGCUUGUAAUAACAGGACAGGACUUUUUUCCCGGAUUCAAUGUGAUGGGUCUGGAACAUGUUGGUGUGUCGAUGUCGAGAGUGGUCGACCGUUGUUAGGAACGCGUCGUUCAAAUGCCAUUGGUCAAAAUAUUUGCGAAGGUGAAAAAUCUCCAUGCACCGGUGAUGAUCGGCCAUUCGUUGACCCACGAACGAAGCGGCAGUCAAGUUGUGCAAAAUCUGGCGAAGCUUGUCCAACAGGGUUCUACUGCGCGGACUUCGAUACUAGCGGAAUAGGUGUCUGUUGCCCGGAAAAAGCUUUACUAUCCAGUAAGAUCAAAACGCCAUCAUGUCCUCAUGGUGAUCCAUUUGCGGCUUCAUCUGAUGGCACUCCGCUCACGUGUUCAUCAGAAGUGGACAGUUGCCCUUCUACCCACCACUGCGUUACGAUGCGUGGCGAAAAAGUUGGAGUUUGUUGUGUUUCGAAAAAUGUCACUAAUGAAUCUCUACCGCCACUUCUCGAUAAAAUUGAAAAUGCCAUGGAAACCUACGAAUUGGGUUUUGCUCUAACAGGUCCACAAAUUCCAGUAUCCGAACGGAAAAGAGCGCAAACUGCUUUGAGUGAGUUUCUGUCCGAGCGCUUCACAUUGCCGACAUCAUCCAUUGAUGAUGUCAUUAUCAUGCAUGAUAACACGGCUCGUUUCACCGUGAAACAUCCACAUGCAAGCGCCGUCGCAAAAAACAUAUCCGAAGCAGUCGGAAAUCAGCAUGAUGAACGAUUUAGCCCCAGAAUUGAGCAGGAGGAAGCGAGCUGCUUGGAGGGCUUCCAAAAGCAUCUAGUACGUGGCGAGGAAAAUGAAGAGGCUCCGCCUUCAUGUGCACCUUUCGAAUGUAUGAUUCCUCCUAGCUUAACGUAUGCGUCAGAAGCCUGGUCGCUAAGUAAGCAGGAUAAAGAAUUAGCCAGCGUUAUAGAACUCGUAACGGAAAAGGCUGUCUUACGGCGUUGUGCCGUGGUAGAGUAG